CAGUGCGAAAUGGGGAGAAAACUUUAUCGAUACUUUGACGCAGCAUCUCGAGGGCUGAUUUGCCUCGGGUGAAAUCGUAACUUUGAUUCCAUCCUGUUGGGGAGGUCGGGCUCCGAUGCGCGAUAUUGCAGGCGGCGUGAUAUUGCAGGCUAUCCCUCUCAACUGGCGGGUUGUUCGGAGAUGCACUCGGAAACAGGAAUAUUGCCAGCAGGAAUGCGCCCAGCAAACCGUGGCUGAAAAGGAGUUAUCUCGGCAUACAGGAGAGAGAGACCUGAGUCAUAGACAUCUGCAACAGACACAGACGGCAAGGCUUGUUUCACGGGACAUUAGACAGCGAUUCAGCCGCGGCAUAGAUAGAAGCAAUAUAGCAUCAUUGUACGAAUGAAAGCCGAGAUGACAUGGCAUGGUACAGUGACAGAUCCGAUUCGGAUUGAUUACCUCUCCUCCCCUCCGGCAAGAUCAAGGACCCUUUGGCCGUCAGCUCAUAUUCCGUAUCCUAAAGCCAAAUGAAUAUACUUUAC